CUUAUCUUGACACCAGGGGCGAGCAUGAUUUUGUAACCCUUCAUCGACGUGCUCAUUUCUGACACACAGCUCGCAUAUCACUGGUCCUUGUCCGAUUUUUACCCUACCUGAUUGAGGUUGAUAUAGAUAUUCUCAUGGUUGACAUCGCAACCGAUCCUCUAGCCCCUGCUAGUAUCAGUGACGGCCCGGUUCAUUCUUCUAUCAUAACUUAAAGGCUCGACCGAUACAAACCCAGAGCCGGUGAGGUCUACGUCAGACAGUACUUAACAAUGACCUCCCCGAAAGUUUGGUUCAUCACUGGUGCAUCGGCUGGUCUGGGGCGAGAGGUUGUCAAAUACGCUUUGAGCAGAGGAGACAACGUAUUUGCCACCCUGCGCAAACCAUCGAUGUUAGAAGACCUCACUACUAAAUAUCCCUCUUCUCGCCUCGUUACUUUCCCGCUCGACGUAACAGACACGCCCUCGAUUACCGCGGCGUUCGAUCAGGCCAUCUUGCACUUCAAUCGUGUCGACGUCGUGCUGAACAAUGCAGGAUACUAUAUAGUAUCGGAAGCUGAAGGCCUGCCGCACAAGGCCGCACGAGAGAUGUUUGAUGUGUUGCUCUGGGGUGCGGAGAAUGUCAUGCGUGAAGCCAUUCGAUGCUUCAGGGAUGUGAACCAUCCCAUGGGAGGGCGAAUAUUGAAUAUUUCUUCCCGGAAUGCCUUUAUUCCACAGGUUGGCACUGUACAUUAUGCUGCAGCCAAAGCUGCGUUGGAAUGUUUAACGGAAGGGUAUAUCGGCGAACUUGACCCAGAGUGGCAGAUCAAAAUCACUCUCAUUGAGCCUGGCCUUUUUCGAACAUCGAUGAUUCAAAGCCAUGCGACAGAACCCAUUCACCCUGCUUAUGAAUCAAACCCAUCCCUCCCAACCCGCAAAUACCGAGCGCUCUAUCCUGACAUCGAGGACACGCAUUUUGAUGGCGAUCCAGCCAAGUUUGCAGAAGUGGCCUACGAGUUGUCUCGUUUGGAUGAUCCCCCAAUACGCCUCCCUUUACAUAGGGUCGCAUUGGAAUCUGCGAGAAAGAAGGGGAAAUCGUUGCUCGAAACUGCCGAAAUUUGGUCCAGUUGGUCAGACGAUGUGUACUUGCCUAAAUGAAUGAAAAUCGGUCAUAUAUUGCGGGUAGGUACCAUGUUUCGGGACAUUGAUUUCAAGUAUGCAUACACUGUUAAGAAUGCUUUAGAAUACACAGUAUCUCACAUAUCUUUAAACAGAAGUUCUGAGGCGCCUGAUUAG